GUUUGGUGUGGACUUGAAUCACAUGGUACCGACAAAUGUUUUCAAACCUUUGUAGGCGUUUGUCAGCGUUCCAUCCAACUUCGGUAACAUCAAACGAUUUGUACUUGUUUGUGGAUUUUUUGCGAUUUUAGUGUGGACGGACGAAACAAAUACAUGAUUUGGAUCAUUGUUUGACUGGGUUAUACACAGGUGAAGACAAAGUGCCAACGACUGCAUGUUACAAGUUUGUAACGAC